AUGACCUCUUCGCAAAUGACAGCGCCUCCAUCAUAUGAUCAAGUGUGCAAUAAUCGACCAGGAUUCCCAGAAGCAAAGCGAAUAAAUAGUACGACGAAAUCAUUAAUCGGCGGUUCACAAUCGAAAUUUGACAGAAUACAACUUCGUUUACGAUUUUCAAAAUUAUAUUCAAGUGCCAUCUCUGUUUCGAAAAAUGGUAUUGCUGGCGUAAAACAUACCGGAGGCUCGUAUGGCAGUAAUCAAAUCACUCUAUCUCCUCAACAAGCCGAUUUGCGAUCUAUAUGCUCUAACACAAGCGGGAUCUCUAAACCUUGCAGAGGGUGUUUUGAGGGUGUAAGAUGUAAUCAGCUAGGAAGCCCAAGAAAUAGACGCAUAAAGCAGGUCACACAAUAUACUCUCGCUUAUUCGUAUAGCGAAGAACAUCACAAAGAACAACAAAAAGCGCUCGAGACCAUUGACGAUAGUACUGUAUUUCUAUGA